CAGUAUAUAAAUGUUUAUUAGCAUUUGAGCCAUAUAUUGUAUAUAACAAAUUUAUUGUAAGAACAGAUAAUACACAAGUAAAAUGGUGGUUAACCAGAAAAAUACAAGAUUCAGUAACAACGAAAGAAAUUAGAAGAUUGGUAUUAAAUAUAUUAAACUUUACAUUUACAAUUGAAGUAAUAAAGACUAAUAAGAAUGGUGUUGCAGACUACUUAUCAAGACAAAGCUACUCAGACUGAGAACAAAGACGAAGAUACAAUUGAAGAGCUACUCAAAGCCAUUACUACACUUUGUACUAAAGUGGACAGUAUGGACAAUGAGAUACAAAAGCUAAAGACUAAUGAAGAUAACCUGAAGUCUAAAGCUAAUAUAAGUCAGCAGCAUGACUAUAAAAAUGCGGAGCUACGUCGAUCGGAAGACGGUAAAAUUCCAGAGAUAAAAGGAGACGAUGGGAAACUCCCUAAAACCCAUAAUGUUUGUUUAAAUACAGCUGCAGGUACAAGCAGAAAAGUUAGUGAAAAACCACGAAAUACAAAUUUAAACCAGUUAUUUAUAAAACCAUUUACCCAAAAUACACAAAAACAAAUACCCACAGAACCACAAACUUCUACAUACGCAGUUAGUAUACAAAGUGAUAAAAAGAGAUACAAUUACAUCACACAAUCGUAUAUUGAAAACAUAUAUAAGAUCCAAACAUUUUUAAAUUUAAACCCCAGAUCCACACAAACCAAAAACCCAAAUGAAGAUUAUAUAACCCAAAAACUACAAGGAUAUAAUAGAUUGAUUGCACAACCUAAAACUAGUUCAAACUUAGUUAAAACAUGUUACAGUUAUGGAUUACUAAGUACCGUAUACACAUAUGAUGGAGAAGAGAUAAGUGGAAUACCAGAAUUAUACAAAGCGUUCGUCAUAUACAAAAGAGUUACCAAAGGAAAUUUAUUUUAUAUUAAGUUUUAUACAGCGCCGACUGAGAUAUUAUAUGAAGAAAUCAAGUCACCAAUUCAAGUUAUAAAGAUAGGUUUGACCAAGGAUAUGAUAAUACCAGAAGAUAUAGAAAAGCAGGCUGAAAUACCAAAGAAAGAAAUACCAAACUUUUAUGCAAAUAAAAGGAUAAUUGGUAUAUCAAUAAUUAUACAAGAACUACCUAACAAUUAUUUAAACGGCAAUGCUAUUUGGAGCUACUAUGCAAGAGACCAAGUUAUGAUAUAUUCAAAUUCAAGAGAAUUAAGAAGAGCAGAUAUGGAUGAAGUACAUCGAUGGAUUUUAUCAUUAUUAAAGCCAGAGGAACAACCUACAACAAGAGCAUUAAAGAAAGAAUUUAUUUCAGAAGACUUAUUAAUCAGAUAUUGUAAACUUAUUGGACACAAAUACCCAGAUCACAGAUGUUCCAAAUGUAAUGGAGAAGAUAAUAUUAUACCAGAUGUUGAUUUGGAGUAA